ACACACACUCCAUUUAAUGGCGGAACUACGACGCUUCUUCGUCAUCACAACAACAACAAUUCGACCUCAAUUGAAAUUAGGGUUUCUCUGCAACUCCACAAACAGACUCUUAACAAAACUUCGAUUCCCAAUUUCAACAAUGGCUUGCGUAAACGAACCAUCACCUAAACUCCAAAAGCUCGACCGAAACGGAAUCCAUGGCGAUUCAUCACCAUCACCAUUCUUCAAAGUGAAGAAACUCUCCGAGAAAGCUGUUAUACCAACACGCGGCUCACCACUCUCCGCUGGAUACGAUCUCUCAAGUGCGGUGGAUUCAAAAGUUCCAGCGAGAGGUAAAGCGCUUAUCCCAACGGAUCUAAGUAUCGCUGUUCCCGAAGGAACUUACGCGAGAAUUGCGCCGAGAUCUGGUUUGGCUUGGAAACAUUCGAUUGAUGUUGGUGCUGGUGUGAUUGAUGCUGAUUAUAGAGGACCUGUUGGUGUGAUUUUGUUUAAUCAUUCUGAUGCUGAUUUUGAGGUUAAGUUCGGUGAUCGAAUCGCGCAGUUGAUUAUCGAGAAGAUUGUGACUCCUGAUGUUGUUGAGGUUGAUGAUUUGGAUGAGACUGUUCGUGGUGAUGGUGGUUUUGGUUCUACUGGUGUCUAAGUGAUAAUCAUCUUCUUCGUUUAUGAAUGUGUUUUGGUUUUUAAUUUCGUCGAACAGUUUGUGGGCAUUAUUAUUGUACUAUCUCUUUGCUUCAUCUUUAGACUAUUCAAACAAACUCUCACUGUUUUUUUUCUUUGUUGGGCUACAAAAUGAAUCAAUUACAAGAAAAGAAAGAAGAGAUGACUUACACAAAAACCAAGCCAAAACAGAAAGAAGAGGUCUCUUUAAUGGAG